ACCAUGUGCACCAACAUAGUUUACGAGUGGCUGAAAGCGCUGCAGCUCCCGCAGUACGCGGAGUCCUUCGUGGAUAACGGCUACGAUGACCUGGAGGUGUGCAAGCAGAUCGGGGACCCGGACCUGGAUGCCAUCGGGGUGUUGGCGCCCGCGCACCGCCGCCGCAUCCUGGAGGCCGUGCGCCGGCUGCGGGAGCAGGACGCGGCGGCCGCCGGCCUCUACUUCACGCUCGAGCCGCAGCCGCCCGCCGUGCCCCGUGUCCGCCGGGGGGAGCCGUGCGGGGAGCCGGCGACGCACGCACCCCGUGGGGACCCCCGCGGCCAGACCCCCGCCCCGCCGCGCGCCAGGGAGUUGGUGAGCUACCCCAAGCUGAAGCUGAAGAUCAUGAUCAGGGAUAAGCUGGCCCGCGACGGCAUCCACUUGAGCAAGCCCCCGUACUCCCGCAAGGUCUCAAUGGCUGGCAUCCUAGAGUACUUAAUGAAUUGGCCGAAGUCAUCACAGAACCGCUAGAUAUCAUUUUUGAGAACUCGUGGAGGACUGAUGAGGUGCCUUGAAGACUGGAAAAGGGCAUAUUUAGAAUCUUCUUUCCAAAGGGGAAAUGGAUGAUGACCCUGGAAAUACUCAUCAGCUUAACUUUUUGCUUGGAAAAAUCUGGAAUAAUCAACUUAGUGAACUUGGUAACUACCACACACCAGCUAGACGUGAGGCAGUGAAGAUGCACUGAGUUCUUUUUUUAAAAGACAAACCAUUGUGAGAUGCAGUCAUGUAUAUUUGGUGAUUCUUCCUUUUAUUCUACAAAUCAUUUUUUUAAUUAAAAAUUUUUUUGACUUUUGGGUCACACCUG